CGUGCAGACUACGAUACAGUCGGGCGCAGAACGCCGACCGAGUUGCAGGACGUCUAGUCGUCCAUCCGACGUCGCGCGUUCCAGAAGCUUCAUUGAAUAAACUGUUACUAAGAAGUGCAAUUAUAAGGAACUGCGUAGAUCAGACGGGAAUAAACCUCGUUUUUGUUAUUCGUUUUAAAAAUAUCUAUUUGAAUAUAUUUUGAAAAUUGUUCUGGUUUGACAAUGGAUAAGUGGUUAGUCAUUGUCAACGUGAGUGAUAAUAUUAAAAGUGGAUAGUUUUCAAUGGAGGUUGUAGCAUGUGGAGAACAUAUGAUUUUGGCUUGUGUCAGAAACUGCACAGUUUCAUUCGAUUUACCAGAAAAUGCGUGAACUUGAGUUGUAAUCGCGGUGUGACAUAAAACAUUUUUUUAAAUAACGAUUAUUUAAUAUUAUGACGAAAUACAGUUGUCCCUUUUCUACUGCAGUAAGCGUCUGAUUAAUACCAUACUACUUGAUAUAGGAGUAGUUAUUAAUGUUUACACAUCUUUAACAUCUAAAUGUAUUCAGACAUUUUAAUUUAAUUUAUCAUAAUACCAUUUUAUAUUUAAUUCAUUCGCACCCAUCUUUUGAAUGUUAUUUGCACCUUAUUGUGUGUUAAUAGUGCAAUACAAACUGUUUUGCUGUUGAUAACUUAAUGCAGAAAGUUGAAGUUAAAUUAGAUUAUUUGAUACGAGACAAAGUCGGUUAUACAGAAAAUAAUGAAACUAAAUAAAAUCAUCGCACGAACAUUGGAUCAGUAAGACGGAGGCAAAAUAGAAUUGGGACUUAACUUGUGUUACGUUAUAAUUAACUUCGAUUCAUUUUGUCGGAGUGUUACGAAGUGUCAUGUAAAACUUUACGGACUAAAACCCUUGAUAAAAAAGAGUACGUUUAUGACGGACUUCGUUCUCGAACUGUGUAGAAAUAUUAAACCGCGUCAGUGAAAUAAGACCAUGAUGGGUUUCGACGUCAGACAUACGAACUUGAGUGCAGAAACGCGUACCAUUAUCAACGAGAGCAAUAACUUUAUCAUCAACCGCAGAAAAAUUCGCACCAGUGGUCUAAACGUAUCAGACACACCUCAGAGCAUCGAAACUCAGUCAUCGAUCAGCUGUUUACAGUGUCAGUGCCGUAACAUUCAUGUGUCGAACAGGACCAGAUGUUGUCUUUGGAAGAUGUGCAAAUCUGUGCCGAGUACAGCGCUCAUCAUAAGUUUGCUUCUGAUCCAGCAAGUGGCACAGGCGACGGGGAUGAAUCUUCAACACGGAGUACCUGGAGCUGGAGGCAAGAACGCUGGAGAUCCAGCUCCAGGGAGAUCUCCUGGCCCACCAUUGAUGUUAAAUACUCCUACUAACUUUCAAAGACUUACAGUCCCAUCCGAUUCUACUCGAACAAUUGUGAGACAUCGGCCGGUGGCAACUUGGGCUCCGAAAUUAAACGACAGUCUUCCUGAAAAAUAUGAAGUAACAAGGGGUUACAGUAGACAUCAAGAGAGUGCCGUUGGUGAAUCAAGUUCUGGUCAUUAUCGUGAAGACGUUACGCAAGAAUAUGCAAGACCAACUCUGGGCGAAGGUGAAUAUUCAUCUCCAUUUUUAAGAUUUAAUGGAAAUGGCAGGAUUACAAGUUCUGCAGAUUAUUCGAGUGAUUCUGAUGAUGACCAUACGAGUCCUUUGUUAAGGGAAACGAAGAACUCGGCUGUAUUGGUUGACGCAGACGAUUACACAAAGAGCACUUGGCAUCAAGGAAGUAUUCUUGACGAUACGGACUACGACCGGGAUCGCACUGUGUCAGAAGAGAAUCCAACGGUUCUUUUAACUUCCGACCCUGAUCAGUCAAUAUCAUUACCGUCAUAUCCUGACUUUUCGUCCUAUGAGGAGGAGGAGGAAGCCAGGAACGAGACGGACGUUUGGUGCGGUGGCGUCGUGCAGGCUGAUGUGAACGUCGCGACGAAUUUUUGGGCUGGACUGAUGAACGUGACAGUGACCCAUCCUCUCUUCGGGACAGAUUUCGGUCUUGUUCCUACAGUCACAUACCAAGUCCGUGUAUCGAAGAGUAGCACCGUGGAGGAUGUCCAAGAUUUCUUCCUCAUGUCAGAAAUGGAAGGCAGGCCCUGCGGUCGGUUUGUUAGCAUUUGGACAGAAGAAGUAUGCCCUGAUGCUGAGUGGUCUGUGAUCGGUCAGCUGGAUGGAACAACAUCAGCCACGUUUAAUUGGAGUACCGACGUGACUUUGACGGAGGGAACUCAGCGUUCUAACGUCACGUUUCGGUUGCGCUUCAGGCCUCGCUCCAGCAAGACAAUUCUGGAACUCCAGCACACUGUUGCAUUGCUCUCGGACUGUCAGCUCCAUCUAUGGCCGACUCGUGGGAACGUCUCGUGGAGAGCGUUACCUCAUCAAACAAAAGACUGCCAGCUGUUUUUCACCAGUUCCGCCGACGUCGAUUCUGACCGCCGUGGUCUGGUCGUCGAACUGACGCGUCUGAACGUUCCGUGCUCUGCAGGGGGCUUUCUUCAGUUCUCGUCAUCACCUUUUCCUCACGGAAACUCUUCCACUACCCAACAAAUUGCAGCUAAUUCGAGAACAGCGAGAAAUCGCCACCAGAAAUUGUGUGGAAAACUGGAAGAACUUCCCCCUUCUGGUCGUAGAUUGUACUUUCCAGCUCCAUCAUCAUCUUCAGUAACACCUUCGCUACAUCUCCACGAAAAUCCCAUCUUUUCGUUCACAUAUCGUCAGGUCGAUCACUGUUACAACGUAACUCUCACUGCGAGAAACGACACUCUUACCCUCAGGCCUACAGCUGGACUUCACUGCAAUUUUCAAAUUCAUUUACCGUACGGUAAUCGCGUGUCGCUGCAUCUUCAGACAGGAGAGGGACAUCUGGCCUCGGAGAACCCUGGACGUCAUGCGAUAUCCUCUCAGGGUCAUAUUUCUGUGCCAGAUUCUCAAAAUACGCCGCUCACAUACGUUGACUCUGAUCCUCCGUGUCCUGGAUUGCUGACCCAGCUCUGGGACGGUGUAUCCUCUUGGACGCACUGCACUAAGAAAGGAGAUCCAAGACGCGACGUCAGAGUCACUUCUCGGGGGAACAGUGUCAUGUUGAAGGUUGUGGUCCACCAGGGUGGUCCUCAGCUGAGCGGACACGACGCGUUGUCGCAGCUUCCAGCGCUGAAACUGUGGUACCACGCUGAACCAAUCGCCGAGGUGGUGGAACAGUGUGGCUUCGGGUGGGUGUCGAUACGACAGUUUUGCGUCGCAGCUGUGGAGGACUUGAGUCUGUCUUGGCAACAGGCUGAAACGGAAUGCAGCAGACGCGGUGGACAUCUGGCGAGUAUACGAAGCGAACAGGCUCAGGACCUCGUCGACACCCUGCUCCUCAACAGCCCUGGUUACCGGGACCACAAUUCUUAUUGGAUCGGAGCUUCGGACAAGACUUACGAGGGCGACUUCCGGUGGUCUGAUGGACUUCCUUUCUCUUACACCAACUGGUUCCCCGGUUGGGCCCAACAUAACCACUACAACCGCCAGCCAAAUGACGAUGGUUACAGCGAGCAGGACUGCGUCGAGCUGCGUCGAACUUACCACAUGCCGCCGGCCAACGAGAAGCUCGCCCACUCCUUCAUGUGGAAUGACCGGGAUUGUUCAACACCGAACCUAUUUCUGUGUGAACGUCUUCGUACCGGAGUGACGAUCAAGGAGGUGUGGCCGUCCGAGUGCAACCGGACGGUGGCUCUGAGCAGGGAACAGCCUCGAGUCACCGUGGUGAGUCCUGGUUUCCCGCACCAGUACCCAGACAACGCCAAGUGUGACACUGAGAUCAUCGCGCCCUCUGGGUACCGCAUCGUCCUGGACUUCGAGGAGCUUGUCCUGGAGAAGGAGCCCUUUUGUAGUUAUGACUACCUGGAAAUCUUCGAGGGUGCUGCGUGGACCAAUUCGAGCGGUGUGGCCACCCGGAAGCUGUGUGGAGACUGGAGCUCGAAGUUGAAGCUGCUUCGAUAUGUCAGCCGUGGUCCGAGGAUUCGACUGCGAUUUGUGUCCGACUAUUCUCACCACUUCGGAGGCUUCAAGGCAAAAGUCUCCAUGGAGAACGCACGUUCACGAUCUAAAGUAGGUAUGGAGUGUGCAGAUGACCGCCUUCAAAUGUUCAAUAGCUCCUGUUACCUGUUCGUCAGCUAUCCUGAAGUCACAUGGCAGACAGCUCAACAUAUCUGUCAAGGAAUGAAGGCUGAGCUGGCAAGUAUCCACAGCCUGGAAGAGGAAAACUUUGUGACUGCAAAUAUCCGAGACUCCGCUGAAUACAGCACCAGUGCUAUUUAUUGGCUCGGUGGUCAGCUUGUUGCAAAGUCCAUUGAUCGCUGGGAGUGGGUUGAUGGAACACCUUUCAGUUUCUCUGCAUGGCUGUCUGGACACACACCAACAGAUGCAGAAUACUCGCCGGUAUGUCUAGGAAUCCAGUGGAUGCCCUCUCCAACGUCUGCACUUCCUAGUGGCUUAUACUGGCAAUCUCAGCGCUGCAAUGCUAUUGGUGGAUAUGUCUGUAAGAGAGGAAAUCAAGUAUCAGGGAGUGGUCUGCAUCUGAACAGAACUGUAAAUGGUACAGAAGGUUUCCUUACAUCUCCUAACUUCCCUGGAAACUACUACCACAAUCUGGACUACUGGGUCGAGCUGGUCGGUCCAGAAAAGUCUCGACUUGUAAUUCAGUUCAAGCAGCUGGAUCUAGAGUUACAGGCCGAGUGCCUUUAUGACUUUGUGGAACUCGGGAGUCUAGGAGGGAAGAAGCAGUUGUCGGAUGAUGCCGUUAGAUGGUGUGGGAGCCACUAUUCGGAAAUGGACAAGUACAAUUUUGUAUCAGAAAGUAACAAGGCAUUUCUGAGGUUCCAUUCAGACUACUCGAUAGCUGGCGCCGGUUUCUCAGCCACAUGGCAGGCUGUGGAUGUAUCAGGCUGCCCCUUACAAACUCUCACUGCUAGAGAGGGGACACUUAUGAGCCCCAAUUAUCCACACUUCCUCAUGGCCCAUCUGGACUGUGCGACGACCAUACUAGCGCCAGCUGGACGACGGAUCUGGCUGCAGUUCUUGGAGUUUGAUUUUGGAGCGCAACGUAAAAAUGACAGGGACCUUCAGUUGCAAGAACAGGCUCGCAGUGAAGCAGUGUUUGAGAUAGACCUGAGCGGAGGCAAUGGGCCUUUCCGACCCUUCCAGCUACCAGGCCACCUCACAGAUGGCGCUUACCUUUCAGAGGGUGAACGUCUGCGUGUCAGACUGAAAACUGCUGAUAAACCCAGAGGAAUUGGAUUUAAGGCGGUGUACAGAACAGUGGUUCAGGUACAUGAGGAAAGACUGGUGGACCUCAGCAACGUGACAGUUGGCACUCUGCUUCACCUCAACUACCCAAAACCUCCUCCUCCACAUGUGGAAUUUCUACAGCACUUUGUUGCCCCAGUGGGGCAUGUCAUCCUGUUGGAACUGUACCACAUGACACUGACCGAGAGCAGGAGCUGCCCGGGCGGUACUGGGAUCAUCGAGGUAACCGAUAAUUAUGCGGACACUAAUGGCACCUGGUGGUUCCUGUGUGAAGCGGCUACCGAGCUCGGAGGAAGAAGUGAAUCCUCGACUUUGGCGAUAACGUCGUAUUUUAACACCCUCUACAUUAAGCAGAAGAGUGGGAUGUCAGGUGUUCAGCUUAAUGCUACAGUUAAAGUUUAUCCAGAUAGUAGCUAUAGAAUAAAUUACACUGGUACCAACUGUGAGCAGAAACUACGGCCUUGUGCGGAAAACCCGUGUGAAGGACGAGGGGAGUGUUUUGAGAAGGGGGAUACUUUUCAUUGCCGUUGCCACGCAUGGUGGGAAGGCCAGCGGUGUGAAAGGAGAAUGCUUCACAUUCCUUUCAAGCCAUUGUCAGAACGAAUGCUUCAAGAACCAUUCUGGUUAGGCCUUAUUACAGUAACGGUGGUGCUGGGUGUGAUCGGAUUAGUGUGGUGUGCGAAAAGGCAUUUCCCAGAGAAACUGGAGAAACUUCUCGCUGAGGAAGCGGACAGAAGUAGAACAGGAUGCAGCUCACAUUCUCGACCACCCUCUGUCCGCGAGCAGCUGGCUGCGGCAGGAGGGGCUACUGUGGUAGUGGUCCCCAGUCCUCAACCCGGGUGUCCACGCUCACUGUUUGGCCGCCUGGGUAUUCGCAAACCCUCACUCCUCAGCCUCACCAGCCCACACGGCCACAGCAACCGCCAAACCGCUGCCUCAGCCACAGCAAGAACCUUUAGUUUGGAUGAUUUGCUUAAACCGCCACCAAGAAGGACUCCGUCUCCUCGUAAGAAACGCAAUAACUCGACACCAACUAAGAAGAACAUUUCCGAAAAAAAGCAUAUUCUCCAGAAACUAAUCACGCCAUCAGCAAAUCAACAGAAUCCACGGAAAGUGAGUUUGGGUGAACUGAUCCAGUUGAGUGAACGGAAGAUGAAGGAGGUUGAUAAGGUAAAGGAGGGAGGAGCAGACGGAGAGGAGACAGAAACGACAUUCAGCACGGCUAUGUCUGACUCACAGUCAGCACCCUCUACUGUUGCUGUGUCCAGUGCUGAUGCCAAGUUUGAGAAGAAGGUUACUUUCGCAAGGCUUCUUAGCAAAGUGUCUGCAGAAAUGAGUUCUGGAUCAGAGGUUGAAGCAAACCAAACUCGUCACCCACAGCUCUCCGGUCUACUUCGUUCAAAUAGCACUCCACCUUCCCCGGCAGCUGAUGCUCGAUCUCCACACAGCACCAGCAGUAACCAAGGCAGUGAUUCCAUGUCAAGUCUGGAUGCAUCUCUUCAACUGGGUGGAGGUGCACAGACAGUAACGGAGCUGCUUAUCAACCGCCGUCCUAACCGCUUGUUGCAGCAGACUGGAAGACCAGUCAAGAACCCGAGCGCUGAUUCAAUCUUGGCUAUGUUCCGUAACUUCUCGUCUGCCACUUCGGUGUCGGCCAUGCAGACGACUUCGCCAUCCACCACUCCAACCGCAUCCAGUCCGCAAGAUGAUGCUGCGGGAUCUGACGAGUCCUCCACCUCAUCUAUCCCCACACCAAUGUCAUCAUCCAGCUUCACACUGGAUUCCCCUCCUUUGUCUUAUGCCUUCCAUCGUCAUAACCAGAGUAACACAAUAGAGGUCCCAGUGCUAGAUGCCCUUAGUGCGCACAGAACUAUAGGAGGAGGGAGCAAUCUGCUUCAGCCUCCCACAAUCUUGUUGGAAAUACCAAGCAGUGGAAUCAGCAAGUGUCUGUCACCUAUUCGAGAAGUUCCAACUCCACUUGCAACACCAUCCCCAUCUCCCGCCCUUACACCCAUCAUGCCUCGAAGUGCUCCUCCAUAUUUGAGAAGCAGAAAUGAGCAGAUUAUGUCUGUGGAAGCUGACUGUAUAGCUAGUGAGCAUGACAUGCAGUUGCCUUAUAUCACCAUUACAAACAGUGAUGAUGAGAAUGAGGAGGAUGAGAAAGUAGUUGCAACAGAGGUGACUGAUGACGUUUCAAAGUGUGAUUCAUACCUAACUACUUAUAUGGCCCCUCAUGAACAUGAUGAAACUAAAACACUACAUUCCAUCCAGUUACCACUUCCAUUCAAGGUUUCCUCCCCUCCCAUAUGCAACAGUUUGGGGCCUGUGUUAGUGAUGGAUGGUAAUGAGGCCUCUGCUGCUGCAGAAAACAGUGAGGAGUGUUCUGGUGGUGAGGCAGGCUGCUGUGAAAGUGAACCUAUAAGCUCACAGCUAGUAAUCCCACUGCUCACAAUUGAGCAGCCAUCACCUACGCAUCACGUUCCGUCAAUCCAUCGUCCCGGUUCUCCACCACCUCAGCGACGCAGUCACAUAGAACCAAGCUUCCUUUUCCCAGGAAAGGGUCCGCGUCGUCUGCUCAAGGAACUGGAAAAACCAAACUCGUUAGAUUUACCGUGUCCCCCACCUCUCAUUACCAUUACCUGUAACAUGAGUGAGGCUGAGUCAGAUACAGAAUCUAUAUCUCCAGCAACCAAGACUGGUGGAGUUCAUCAAGGUGUUUCAGGGGGCAGUGUAGGCAUGUGUUAUCUCAGUCCAUUCUCUAUGUGUUCACGUGCUGACAGAACAGCAUCAGAGUCUAAUCUUAGUUCGUCAGGAUAUAGUUCCAUGGCAAGCCCUGGACCGUCUCGGUGUGGCUCCAACAAUCCGCUCUGUCCUUCAGAAGUGGAGGAUCCUCCAGGUCCUGGCUCUGGCAGUGGUCCUGGCACCACAACCCUUCCUGGACACAGCCUUCUUCAGAGGAAACCCUCACCUCUACUCCACACUCCUGCCACCACGAUCUGUCCCAGUGAAUGUGAGGGGGAAGCUGAGAGGCCUCCUGACAACCACAGGCUGCAAGGAGGCCAUUGUAGAGGCCGUUCAGAUUCUGAAACGCUGUCUGAUGACCUGUUCAUGGAGUCCAAUGAUGAAGGGAUAGGUACUGAUCAUCUGGAUGAGAAGAUAGAUGAAGGGGAACUAAAAAGUGCAAAAGAAUUAGAAGUGUUUAUAGGUAAAGAGCUUCUGGAGAAUGGUAAGACACUCCUUGGUUUACCGUUACUCUCGGCAUCUCCUGUGACUAAGUGUGGCAGUGUUGACACUGGUCUGGACUGUUGUAAGCUGUUGGCCCCAUCCUCGAUACUCGGCAGCAAGUCUUCCUUACAGCUCCCAGCCAUUGUCGUGCAAGCAGAUCCAGGUGGUUGUGAAAAGCAUCUGAGUCCAGUAAGCUCACGCAGUGAAAGUCCACUCAGUGAUAAGACAGGUGGGCUGGGACGCUUCUCACCAUUGUUUUAUGGCCGACACAAGUCAGAUCAGUUGCCUUUUACAGACUCAGAUGGAUUGUAUGACUGCCCUAGUUCAGACUGCCCUCUCAACAGAAUUCAAGGAAGCACAACAGUACAACAGCAUCGCAAGUCAACAGGUCGGAGGAGAGAGCGGCGAUCAACAUCUCGUGGAGGUGGGGGUAAUAAGACUCCAAGCCCCACUAAGAUAACAACGUUUUUGGAUGUCCCUGGGAAGGAACAAUAUCACCGCCCCACAGCUCCACGUAAACCGAGCCCAAAAAGAUCAAGAACUCGUACUCAGCCACGUGUCAGUUCAUCAUCAUCUUCAGAAAGUCUCAAUUCAACCAGGGAACCAUCUCUUCGUAAUUCAUCAGAGAAAACCAUCAAUCCUGACCGACUGUCUUGGCCUGGUGGACUCACAGGGCCAACAGAGUUAGAGUGGGAAAACGAUGGUAAGGGACAUCUGUCUGUUGAAGCAUCUGGAGAGGAUACAGGAGAGGAGGUAACAAGCCACAUGCUGCCCAAGCUAAUGCCACGUGAGGAUCUGCCAAAACCUCAUAGAAAAGUGAGCAGGUUGAGAACUAUUGGACACCAAAUAAGGUUCUUACGACGCUUGGAGUUGAGUUUAAAACGACGUGAACGGUUAGUAAGUCCUUCUGACAGUUGUGGAGAAGAUGAUGAUGCAGAAGGUUCUCCACUGUCACAGUCUCCCCUCCUGAGCCACCACCAUCAUCAUCAUGAGCGGGAUCUGCACAAGAGUAACAGCUUCAGUCAACUGCAGCAACAUGGGUCACGAAGUGGACGAAGCCAUCAACGAGGCAUUACGACGAAACAGAAGCAUAUUCAUGGAGUAGAAUUACUUUUACCACCUGAGGACAGGGCUUGGUGUCAUGUCCAUGUGACAGGAUGCAGUGGCCACACUGACUGA